AUGGACGCAACAACAAUCCGACAAGCCUUGAUCGCGACAACAAAUCCAGACGCCACUGUUCGAAAUGCUGCUGAGGCUCAGCUCAAGCAAUCGUUCGAAACUGACCCAGCGAAUCACCUUUUCCUCCUGAGUCAAGAGCUUGCUGAUGAGAGCUCUCCUUCUGCGCAAGGACGAGCGUUGGCUGGUAUCUUGCUCAAGAACUACAUGACUUCGAAAGAGCACCAGCAGGCGGUGAAGUUGGCAAACGAUUGGAUGUCCCUCAAUCCAGAGAUCAGGAAUAAAGUGAAAGCCAACAGUGUGAACGCUCUUGGAUCCACUCAAAAGGAUGUUCGUUUGGCUUCAGCUCAAGUCAUUUCCAAAAUUGCAACCAUUGAAUUGCCCAAGCAACAAUGGGAAGACUUGGUUCAAGCUCUCUUGUCGUUUGUUGUAAAACCGGAAGCUAAUCCUUCGGGGGUUGCUAAGAAAGAAGCUGCUCUACACACCAUCGGUUACAUCUGCGAAGAGAUUGCACAGCUCGAAACGGAUUGUCUUCACAGCAAGUCUAAUGAUAUCUUGACUGCGGUCGUAGCAGGAAUGCGCACGGAAGAGCAGGAUCUGAACAUUAAGAUCGCUGCAACCCAAGCACUUGCCAAUGCCCUCGAGUUUGCAGACCGCAACUUUCAGGCAUCACUUCCUAAUGCUGAAAGACUCAUUUGCGAGGCUUGCACCACUCAGGCCAGUGAGCAGGUCCGAGAGAACGCUUUCCAGUGUCUUGGCCGCAUUGCAGAGUUGUAUUACGACAGGCUUUUGCAGUACAUGCAAGCUCUCUUGGAGUUGACAAUCAGCGCCAUUUCAACUCAGCCAGAUGCAGUGGCGAGGCAGGCCAUCGCCUUCUGGAUUCAAAUCUGCGAUGUUGAGUAUGAUCGCCUGUUGGAUGGUGAAUCUGGAUGCAACAAUUUUGUCAAGGGUGCUGCUCAAUACUUGAUUCCAGUCUUGCUCACUGCCAUGGCACAGCAAGAAGAAGGUCAAGAUGACGAGUCGUUCAACAAGUCGACAGAAGCAGCGUUCUGCUUGGCUUCCAUCUCUCAAGUUAUCAGAGAUGAAGUUGUUGAGAAAGUUGUGCCAUGGGUCGGCCAACAUGUCAGAGAAUCUAACUGGAGACUUUGUGAAGCAGCCAUCGUGGCCUUUGGGUGCAUCAUGGAUGGACCAGACGACCAGCUGCUGACUCAAGCGAUGAAUGCCACACAGAUGCUUGAUAACGUUCUUGCCUAUUUGAAGAAGGACAGCCAGGAUACUGAGCAGUUGCUCAUCAAGAACUCGUCAGCAUGGACUCUGAUGAGAGUCUGUGAAAUGAACUUCAAUUUCAUCAAGGACCAUCUUGAGCAGCUUGUUCCUCAGAUUUGCAUGGUGAUUCCAGGUGCCGAGCCUAAGACAGCCAAUCAUCUCUGCUGGUGCAUCCACCAUAUUUCUUCGAACCUUGUUGCAUUCUUGGAGGAUUUGCCCACAGCUUUGAACCAAUUUCCGCUCAGUAACGUGUUCGUGUCCACUGUGGAAUGCUUGAUUGCUACUGGAGACCGUCAGGAUGCCUCUGAAGAUAAUCUGAGAGCAACGGCAUACGAGGCUCUGAAUGCGUUGAUAGCAACAGCAAAUCCGAGCAAGUGCCCUGGUGCGACACCAGUUGUCGAAUCGUUCAUUGUCCCUGUGCUCCUCCCUAUGCUUGGUGAAAGGUUGAAUCAAACCUUCACCAUGCAGGUGCUGAACGCGGAUGACAACAAUACUCGAAGUGAGUGGCAGAGCUUCUUCUGCGGUGCCAUUCAGACGUGCAUUGGCAACAUGAGUGGCAAGACUGACGUGCUCAUGGUGGCUGAUGCCAGUGGCCUUUCCUUGGCAGACAAGCUAAUGACUCUCUUCCUCCAAGUUUUUAGCUCACAGAAUACAAUGGCGGCUCAGGAAGCAUUGUUAGCAGUGGAUACGGUGUUGAAUGUACUCGAGCAGGGCUUCCAGAGGUACAUGGCUUCGUUUGGUCCCAUCUUGGUCAGUUGCGUUCAUGCCUGUCAUGACGCUCCUCUCUGUGUCCUCGCAGUGACAACUGUAUCUGACUUAGCACGAUGCCUGGAGGGGAAUGUAACUCAGUAUUGUGAUCCUCUUGUGGAGGCGCUUCUGACUGUGUUCCAUCGAGCGGAAGUUGAUGCGGAUUACGUUCAGGUUCACGAUUACAUCAAGCCUGCAAUUUGCUCUAGCUUUGGAGAUAUUGCGAUGGCAAUCACUAAGGAUAUGGAGAAGUACCUACAGUACUGGUUCAGGGCUUUGCAGGCAGCUUGCCAGACAUGUUUGAAGCUUCAGAAUGACCUGGCAGCUGGAGAGGACGAGGACAUGAGGAAUUAUUUGACUGCCCUGACAGAAGGUGUUUUCGAUGGGUAUGUGGGUAUCUUGCACGGAUUGAAACAGGCAGAGAAGGAUGGAACAGCCCGCGCGGUCGAGGCAUUCUUUACUCCUGUUGCUCUCAAGGAGGGCUGCCUUGUGCUGAUAGAGUCGAUGUCAAAUGUGAAUAAUAGUACGGAAGAGACAUUGAAGAAGGCAGUUGGUCUGCUCGGGGAUUUGGGAGAAACAUAUCAGGAGAGGAUCAAGCCUCACUUGAACUCACAAGCGAUCAUGGAAGUUUUGAAGCAGGCUAGCGAUUCUGACGAUAAGGAAACCAAGGAUCUGACCAUGUGGGCCCGAAAAUAUUUGUAG